CCGGGUACAGACUGCAAAAGUCACAAAAACAUUGCGCCAGCACAGCUGUCGACGGGGGCUGGUCAUCCUUCCGCGGGACCCCUGUGGAGGAGUCAUUGGCUACUUCACGAGUGUCAGAACAUGAACCUACAAAAAGAGGGCCAUAUCAAGUUUCUUAGAGAUUACUCCAGGUCCAGACUGAAUCCAGACUCACUUGUGAAGACUUCAGAUGAUGCCAACACUCAUAAACUCUAAAGAUGAUGGCAACUAUACAUGGACACACAAUAUAUUUCCUAUAAGGGUAUGUUUGAUGAUUUUUAACCUGCUUUUGUGUUAUGGCAAUGUCUCGUAUAUCUGUAAAUGAAGUAUAUGCAUCUUAAUCAGCAUCUUCAAAAAGAUGGUCAGCAGAAGGAAGCAUGAAGUAUAUGUAAGCAGUACUCCUCGGGAUGAUGCACAAUGACAAAAAAACCCACUUGUUGCUGUUUUGCAACACUUUUCUUGUUUAUUGUAUUUCUCUUCUGUUUGGUCUUUCGAAUAAAAAUCUUCAUAAGUUACAAUUAGUUCAAAAAUGUAGCUGUCCGUAUUAUCACUCUUCUACAGCAGCUUGGCUCAUCUGGCUUCCCAUUAAAUAUUGUAUUAAAUACAAAAUACUUCUCACGUUCAAGGGCAUUCAUAAAGUUGCCCUUUCAGAUCUUCUUGACCUUCUUCGUAUUGUUACACAGGCUCGUACUCUGAGAUCUUCUACUUCCAUUUAUCUCAACGUUCCCGUGUCCGUCCUGUUAUUAUAGGCAGCAGAGCUUUUAGUUUCUUUGCUGCCCAGCUCUGGAACUCACUCCCUUCCACAUUUUAAAUCCAAAUUUACAGUAAAGUUAAUUUGUUCAGUAUAGCUUACUACUUCUCAUAACUUCAUUGUUUUAAUUGUAUUCUUUCUUUUUAUUCUUACUGUCUUGUCCUGUUAAUGAUGUACAGUGACCAUGAGUGUCCAGAAAGUUGCCUCUAAAUAAAAUGCAUUAUUAUUAUUUAUAUAUUUUUUGUAUUAUUAUUAAAUGUCUAAAUUCAUAUAAUUUUGGUUUAACUUCUGCAUAAUGAUUUAUUUAAUUUUAGUGCUUAUUUCCAUGAGAGUUUAAUAUUUACUGUAAAUGUGUACUGUAUAUUGACAUGAAAACAGAGCUUCAAACACCUGACUUUGUUGUUGCUGCUACCCCUACCUGUCUCAGCCAUGAAAGACAUCAGUGAACUUUCCUUAAGCCCUGUCAGUGUCAAAGAGACCAUUAGUGAACUGUCUUUCCUAGUCAAUCUAUUUCAUUCUGAGCUAUCUGUGUAUUUCUAUUAAUAAGUGUGAUUCUUCAGUGUCUGUCUGGGUUCCACCCAUAAGUCUGAAUUUGUCUGUUCGGUUGCCAUCAGUACUCUUGAUUUGAAUCAUCUGUCUGUCCUAAUCCAUGUAAUGUGUCUGAUUCUAAAUGGUCUGUAUGUCUCGUUCCAGUCUGUAAGUUUGUUAGUAAAGUAUCUGUUUGUAAAAUUCAACAAUAGUUUGCAAAUUAAUAAUUUGCUCUAUAAAAGCAUCAUUCACAGUAUUCAAACAUAUUCAACAAAAAACGGUGCCUUACUGUAGGAAAAUGUUUACAGUUUUUUUUUUUACUGUGAACAACAUCCAUCAGUCAAAAUAAGUAUUGUAUUGAUUAUAAUGUAAUGUAAAGUUUGAUUUAUGAUACGUAUUCUGUAGGUUUCAUAGUCGUUUAUGUGCUCUAGUAGUAGUCUAGUGUUCAGGUCCUGAUUGUACAAAGGUGAGUGCAGAGUAAGCAGUAGUCCCCCCGCUGCUCUCUGCUCUAUUGUUACGGAUGGAAUAUGCCAGUGCUUUGACACAAUAUAGCCCCACCCCACCAGUUUAGGGACCGGAGGACAACAACUCCUUUUUCCCCUUUUCUUUUCCUUUCUUUUCUUUCCUUUUUCCCCCGCAUCCCUUCCACAACAUGGGCUCAGGGAGCAAGAUUAAGUUUGCUGUUUGUGAGGUGCUGCAGUUUGCUAGUUUUUGCGUUCCGCUUUUUAUCAUAAUGCAACGUUUUGCCCUGAUUGUGGCUAGAGUAAAAAGCCAGUUGCAACCGACCGGUGGAAAUUCUACAACAGCGUACUGGCUAAUCGUGGCUUCGUCUGUGGCCUAUGUAACCUCAGUGGCAAUGCUCAUUUGGCUACCUAUGAAAUAUAUGGUGUUCAUGAAGAAAGCGGCACUGGUUGCUCGGAAGAGAUGGAGACCUGUUGCUUUGGCCUUCGUGUUGCUCUCAACGCUGCCCUGUUUUGCCUUCCUCAUCGCCAGCUCUGAGGUACAGAUUAGACAUAAUCUGAGGUUGGACACUUUUGCUGAACUGCCAGUUUCAUUGGUUCUGUUUUCCCUCAUCUGCAUUGAUAUAGUGGAAAGAAUCAGACAUUGCAGACUUACUGGUCAAGCAAACGAACUGGCUCGGGAUGCAGACAUUCCUACCUUGGUGACACAUGUUGGAAGAAUUAAUCCUAUUGUCACUCCUUUAACGGGUCCUUUUCCUUCACAAUCUACUGGCACCGCUGGCACAGAGCAUGCAGGAGCAGCAAACACGAUUGUGCGAGGAUUGCCCGGCAAUACCACGGUUUCAGGCAUACCCGGAAACGGGACACUCCUGGGUCUCUCAAGCAACACAACGGUUCCAGGAUUGCCAAACAAUGGUGCGGUUCCAGGCCAUCUUGGCAACACAACAGUUCCAGGGUUGCCCGGGAAUGGUGUUCUUCCAAGAGUCCCGGGUAGCCAUGGACAGCAACUUGGCAUUACGGGAAUUUGUCCACAUUCUGGAAUACCCUUCCAAAACAUCGCCUCUUCGUAUUCUGGACCACUCAGCUUCCUGCUGGCUAGUGACUCUCGUGAAGUCUUCGCAGACAGUUUCCUGUUUUGGCUGGACACAGCAGAGAUGGUUCGGGUUGCAGGUCACACUCCUGUAUAUUUUUCAGGCUGGGCAUUACCAAUUUACCUUUUCUGCUUUCUCUCCACUACGCGAUUGGCCCUAACACCUCAUAGUCCCCUCCUCUCACCGCUGGGUGUGGUCUUUCAGGACCUCCCAUUUCUAGUCUUGAGGAUGGCACUGAUUGGCAUUUUUGGAUUUGUAACACCACUGCUUUAUGUGAUGAAGAAUCUUCUGGUCUGUUUGGCCUACAUUUAUUUCAACUUCAUGACAAAACUCAGAGUUUUCAACACUGAGAGGAUGUUCUAAUGGAACUGUUUAGGAGUUUGUUGGCAGAGGCCUGAACAAGACAUUGGCUCAAUGUGAGUUUCAACAAGUCAUUCAUUUAGCACAAUUAUCUUUACACUUCUGUUUGGUUUACUUUUGGCCACUCCCGGGUAAAUACAUUUAUUAUCAUUGAGGGCUGGCUGAUUUGACCCAGUCUUAAAGGGGUCAUAUGAUGCGAUUUUAAGUUUUCCUUUCUCUUUGGAGUGUUACAAGCUGUGUAUGCACAACAUUCCUAAAGUUGUUAAGAUAAAGUCUCAAACCCAAAGAGAUGUUUUUCUAAAGGUUAAGACUCAACCACACUUUCCUAAAAUGCCUUGUUUAAACCUCAUGUUGUGUUCGGGUCUUUUUUUGUCCAAUAUUUUUCCCAAAAAUAGUGGUUCAUGUUAUUGCAUUUAGUGGCUUUGUUUACAAAGGGUAUAAACUACUUCUCUUUUUUUUUUGCUCAAAUUUUUGGGGGGAGAUUUUUUACCUUGUCACACUUGUGGUGUUUGUAAGCAAAAAAGACCUGGCCUUAUAAAUAUAUAUUUAAAUAUAUAAUGACUUAUAAAUCAGUCAUUAUGCUUUAUUAUCACC